CGGCCCUUGGAUGAGUCACUCGACUUUCCGCGCCCUGCUCCCCGCAGCUCAUUUUGGUCGGUGAAAUGGUUUUGUAUCCGUAUCCGAAAACCAACGCCGCCAUGCGGCUGGUGACUAUGCUGGGCCUGGCGGCCGUGGCGCAUGGCGUGAGAGAGACAGAUAGCCUGGGUCUCGAUGAAGCAGAUCCCAGUGGGUCCAAGCCUGAAGGCCCCCAUGACACCAUCAAAUCAGACAAGAAGCCGGCAGAGGGAGACGAUACCCCGAGCGACUGCAGCUGGAAGAGGAUAGCCUUGAAAAAUUGGAACGUGGAGUUCCAGCCUUUGGGCGAGAGGCUCGUAUCAGCCGUCCGGCUCCAGAAUACGCACUCGGACAAUGAGGACGCCUGGUCCGAUUUGGUGCAAGUCUCGGACAGCGAUAUCCAGCUAAGUCUGGGAGCUUCAGUAAGCUUCUUCGAGGAUGAAGAUUGCCCACUGAAAGCAGAGGAUCUUCGCUUCAGCAGCAGCCCCAAGUGCGAGGAGACGGGCCAGUACCUCUCUGAGAACGAGGAGACGGAGACGGAGGAAGGGCACCCCAUCUUCCACUUUCGAACUUCCAACCCCAUCGUGGUUUUGCAGCGAGAGCCUGCAGAUAACGACACUGGCAUGGUUGGGGAUUGGUCCUACCCGGAGGGCGACUUUGUGAUCCGGAAGAUGGACAACGGUUCCCUGGAGUUGGAGCAGAAGCGCUGGGGGAGCCCAGUGGGCCUUUACGGCGUGUUGCAAGAUGAAGAUGCGCACGGCUACCAGAAGGCAAAGAUGGAGGUCAUGCCCAGAGAGUGCGGCAAGUUCAAGGAGAAGAACUGUCCGACUUCGCAGGCCUUUUGCAAGGUCAAUGAGGGCAAAUGCGAGGUGAGCCCUGACAUGAACCACGGCUUCGUGAAAGUGAAGCUGAUCAGCCCUACGUUCAUGAAGAAGGAAUUCAGCCUCGACGACAAUCAGUACACUCUUCACGAGGCGCAUCGGGGCUUCACGCCCAUGGACGCGGAAGCCUCCGGCUUCGUUUGCGUCUCCACCAACGAGUCCUGGACGCCCCUCCGCGGCAUGACGCUGAAGCAGGUGUCGGGCAUCGGGCCGCACCUGCAGAUCGCCCGGAAGAGCGCCAAGAAGCACGGCCAGAAGAUCUUCGAGAAGAAGAGCUUUGGGCACGAGUGGCUGCAGGAAAGGCACAGGUGCCAUGAUGCGGUGAGUGGAGGGAAAGACAAGGCUUUCCUGCCCCCGUGGAAGAACACAGUGCAGGCGACCGUGGAGUGGAAGAAGGCCCUGACGUGCCCGGAAAACUACCCCCUGUGCUUCGACGACGGCGACUGCGUGUCUGUCGAUUGCAAGAACGGUUGCGAGUGGUCAAGAUCACCUACCCCGUUCAGCGAUCCUUCAGCAGGGUUUAACUACAUCGCCGGAGGGGAUACCUUCGGCACCGAGUGCGACAAUAGCAACGAGGCGAUGAAAGAGAAGAGCUCUUCCUUCAGAAGCGCACCUUUCGCGGGGUUCGCUCUGCUCCUGCUGCUGCGAUGAGACGAAGCGGGAUAGAGACCCUGAAACGCAGGGUAGACAAAAGAUCGACCUGGGCCCAGCCAGUCACUCGCAGAAGUCAGUUUGGU